AUGGCGAUCAUCUAUCUCAGCAUACACCUACUCUACCAUGGUGAGCACGUUGAAAUCGUCAGCAAAGUAAUAUCAAGCUACGCCACUGCCACCCACAUACCUGCACCUGUACCUACCUCCAGCCCUUUCUUCCCAGAUUGCUGUCACGAAGGGCAUAGCCCUUCCCCAGACUGGGUGACAGCUGAGUCGCAACCCGCCUCGACUGAGUUCGGCGGAAUUGGAUUUCCUGUCUCUGCCUCUGAUCCAGCUUCCUCGGACGAGAAGGUAGACUGGGAGCAACUACUCGACGCCAUAGACGAGCUCCUAGCACUCGCACAGCGCGGCGAAGGAUUUUCGGAGCACGUCUCCUACAAGCAGCUGGGGCAAUACAAGGGCCAGGUUUUCCGAGCUGAGAGAGCAUGGCAACUCAGCAAUCGCGGUCUCCUGGCUCAGGAGCAGGUUGAAGUGGGUAUGGCGAAGGUUUUCCAGGACCUAGCGAGCUUUACUAACCUCGAUUGGCCUGCUCUUUCUGUGGCGUUGAGGGCAGGGGAUUACUCGACGAUCUCCGUCUCCUGUCCUGAUACAGUCGGGACCACACGACCAACGCCACAUGGACCAGUCGUCCCACUUAAAGGCCAUGCCGACGCACCACCUGGCUCCACCAAGUCUGCACCCAACAUCUGGUGUUUCGAUCGAUCCCUCGGUCUGCCACACACUCUUCACAUCCACCCAGAUGCCAAAGUUCCGUUCGGGUGUAGUCCCAUGUUACCCAUUCGAGGCAAAGGAUUGUUGAAGGACAUGGAGAGCUACUCCUGGGACUUGAGGAACCAGAUCAAAGACUUGAAGGACUUCCUUGCCAGGCUGAUCCGUAACUCCGCUGAGGAGAUGGAAAUUGGACGGUCGGAUCUGCUCCGAUUGAUAAGCUUCAGACUUAUGUCGAGUAUCGUAAGGGAGGAGACAAAGAAGCAGGUCAGACUGGACAAUCUGAAGCUGGAACUACUCGACAUCCUUGGGCCUGGGGUUGAGGAUCAGUAUGUCUUCUCUACGCCAGAAGUUACCGCCGAUGCACCUCCACGAGAGCAUUCAGAGCCAGCUGCCAUUCCAACUUUAGAGAGCGGCCUGGCUUUGAAGCAGACCGAGACGACGUCCAAGGGCCAUUCCGGCUGGACAAGAUGUGGUCUCAAGAUAAUGCCACACACAUGGCGCUGUCCGAAGAGGCGAAGCUUACCGCCAAAAUGGAUGAGCUAUCUGGUACAACCUCGACCGAUGGCUCAAGGAGGCUUUGAAUGGCGGACUUGGAGGCUGCAAUCAGCGUACAGAGCAGUCGCAGCAGCAGGCGACGAGCCCGGCAAAGGAAGCAGACGAGCAGGAUCAACAUUGAAUAAUCUGCGACUGAAGCGCAUGAUAGAGCAACAAUUAGCGUGA